CCCCAUUUAAUCUCACACCAAACGACUAUUAUCCAUCAUCAUUCAUUUGAAGCGUGGAAGUAGUAGUUUUGUGGUAGAGUGAAUUUGAUACUCCUACUGCUCAUGCGGCAGAGAGGCAGGGCUUCGAACCGUAGAUCCAGGACUUUUUCUCGUUCUCGCAUUGCCAUUGAGGGUCACUAAUACUUUUAACUAUCUCCUUCUUUUUCUUUCCCACAAUUUCUGCGUUUUCACGCACAUUAAUCUCACCUAUUUUCUAGCUUCUUCAUUUUCUCAAUCAAUCUCUCGUGUUAUUAUGGCCGCUUCAGCUAUGGGAGUGUUGCAAGAGAGAGAGGUGUUCAAGAAAUACUGGAUUGAACACUCUGUUGAUUUGACUGUUGAGGCUAUGAUGCUUGAUUCACAAGCUUCAGAUCUUGACAAAGUGGAGCGACCUGAGGUACUUUCCAUGCUUCCACCUUAUGAAGGAAAGUCUGUCUUAGAACUCGGUGCUGGUAUUGGUCGUUUUACUGGUGAAUUGGCCGAGAAAGCUAGCCAGGUCAUCGCUCUGGAUUUCAUUGAGAGUGUUAUAAAGAAGAAUGAAAGCAUAAAUGGGCAUUACAAAAAUGUGAAGUUUAUGUGUGCUGAUGUGACAUCUCCAAGUCUCAACAUUUCACCAAAUUCCGUGGAUAUCAUAUUCUCCAAUUGGCUACUCAUGUAUCUUUCUGAUGAAGAGGUUGAGCGUCUGGUUGAAAGGAUGUUGAAAUGGUUGAAGCCAGGAGGAUACAUUUUCUUCAGAGAAUCUUGUUUUCAUCAAUCAGGAGAUCACAAGCGCAAAAGCAAUCCAACCCACUACCGUGAACCUAGGUUCUACACCAAGAUCUUCAAAGAAUGCCAUAUGCAAGAUGAUUCUGGGAACUCCUAUGAGCUCUCCCUAAUUGGCUGCAAAUGUAUUGGAGCUUAUGUCAAAAGCAAGAAGAAUCAGAACCAGAUAAGCUGGUUAUGGCAGAAAGUUGAUUCAGAGGAUGACAAGGGGUUCCAGCGAUUCUUGGAUUCUAGUCAAUACAAGUUUAACAGCAUACUGCGUUAUGAGCGUGUAUUUGGUCCUGGUUAUGUUAGUACCGGAGGACUCGAAACAACCAAGGAGUUUGUAUCAAAGCUUGACUUGAAGCCUGGCCAGAAGGUCCUAGAUGUGGGUUGUGGCAUAGGUGGAGGUGAUUUUUACAUGGCAGAGAACUAUGAUGUUGAGGUUGUUGGAAUUGAUCUCUCCAUUAAUAUGAUUUCUUUUGCCCUUGAGCGCUCAAUUGGCCUCAAAUGUGCUGUUGAGUUUGAGGUGGCAGAUUGCACCAAGAAAGAUUACCCUGAAAACUCUUUUGAUGUCAUCUACAGCCGUGAUACCAUUCUGCAUAUUCAGGACAAACCUGCUUUAUUUAGAUCCUUCCACAAAUGGUUGAAACCUGGAGGCAAAGUUCUUAUUAGUGACUACUGUAAGAGUGCUGGUACACCUUCAGCUGAAUUUGCUGCAUACAUCAGGCAGAGGGGAUAUGAUCUCCACGAUGUGAAGGCAUAUGGCAAGAUGCUUAAAGAUGCUGGAUUCGUUGAGGUUAUUGCUGAGAAUAGGACUGACCAGUUCAUUCAAGUUCUGCAGAAGGAACUAGAUGCUCUUGAACAGGAGAAGGAUGACUUCAUUGAUGAUUUCUCUGAGGAGGAUUAUAACGACAUAGUUGAUGGUUGGAAGGCCAAGUUGGUGAGGACUACAGAGGGUGAGCAACAAUGGGGUUUGUUCAUUGCCAAGAAAAUGUGAAGAAUGAGCUGGUGAAAGCAGCACGGUGCCUUUUUCUAGUAUUAGUUUAUCAAUGUAUUUUCAGUUCAUGGACUGUAUAUGCAAAAUCUACCAAUAAGCUGUGAGUUGCAAACUGAAAGAUGAUUUCUUAUAGUCACUUCUGAAUUAGCACAAGCAGUGAAGUUCGCAUAAGAAACUGAAGGGAACUCAUGGAGUUGCAGACGAAAUCAUCAAAACGGCAGAACCCACUCUCUAUAUAGAGAUCUAGUGGUUAAGUUAUGUGUUUUGUACAUUUUCCGUUCCAAGUUCACUCAAUCUUACCAUCAUAAUAUCACCGCUUUUACUUCUUUAUAUGGUGGAUUGAAGUCGAAACUCUUUGUUAGUAAUGUGUAUUAGUUUGUUGAAAGUGGAACUUGCAACACACUUAUUCACAAGUGUGUAGGGAAAUAUGGAUUUUGUAUUAGUAUGUACUGCACUUAGUUGUUAAAAGGAUACUUCCUACGUUUUCUUCUGUUGCA